CCCAGCACGCCAGGAAAUAGCUCGCAGUCUCAUAUGAUAUGCCAACCUUUUGGUGUCUGUGAACCUUGUCCAUCGGCGGCACUCAGUCAACCCUUCUGCCAGCCAUUUGGAAAUCGCCGAUUAAUGCACUGUACAGAGGCGAGCACGUCUCCCGAAGGAACCCCGUCGAAUACAGGACCAACACAAGAGGGAGAGCAUCUCGUCUGGGAACCCUGUGGGCGGAUAAUAGGGAAGGAACGAGCAGAUUUUUACGAAUUUGUGGCCUGCAAUCUGUUGUUCGCCAUCGUAUCCCUCUUCAUCCUAUUCGCAAGAUCCCGGCGUUUGCAACUUAUUCAUGCUCGGCAGCUGGCUGCGAGAAUAGGGCUAGGUAGAGUUAGGCGUUGA